AUGCACUUCCCCACCACCCUCCCCCCCACGUCCGGCAGCCCCGCCGCAAAGCUCAGCCUCGAGGGCAGCCGCUCCCCCCACCCCGAGACAUUCGACGGCCCCCUGCCCCCCGCACCGAGUGACUUCCCACGCACAAACCUCCCGCUGCGUCCGCGCCCCACAAUACCCCCACGGCCCAUAGGGCGGGCUGCUAAGCCAGCGACGUCUAGCCAGCCCGCAGCAGCAGCGAGGGUGCCGUACAGCUCGCUGGCGACGGCGAAGCUAAAGGCGAGUAAGAGCGUGCCGGCAGAGAAGCUGCUGGAGGCGCGCAACUCGUGGAAGCGGAAGCGGAAGGCGAGGCUGCAGGGCGCGGUCAAGUCCGAGUCUGACAUUCUACGGAGGAACCCCGAGUAUGGUGGCGGGGAUGCAGGGGUUGAGGAUUCGGGGAAAGGUGGUGGUGGUGGUGGUGGUGGUGGUGGUGGUGGGAGCUCGUUGAUCUCGGCCAAGUCGAAGAAUCGGUUGAAGAAGAUGUUUGGGAUCGAGCCCGAGGAGGAGGACGAGGGGGUGCCCGUGGAGGAGUUUCUGCAGAAGAAGAAGCCUGCAGUGGUUCGGAGACCUGAGGGAGGAGGGGGUGUUUCUUCGGGUUCGAGAAGCGGCGCGGAUCGUUCGGCGAACCUGUAUGAUAAGAUGGGGUUGACGGUGCAUAGGGAGAGGUAUAUGGCUUCUCGUGCGUCGCGGGAGGAGGACAAGGAGGAUUUUGACGGGCAGUCGCUCUUGCAUGGACUGGGAAGUGAGAGACGCAGGCUGAGCACCCAUGCCAAAAAGCUCACCUUGUCUGAGCUUCAAAGCCGUUAUGAUGCCUAUCGUGAGCGUAAGAGUUCUGAGAAGGAGGCAGAGAUCGUCAGGGUCCACACAGCACCUGAAGAACUCUACAAGCUGAAUCACCACCAUAAGGACCACCACAGGCUCACAGACGCUGCGAGGCGUGGAAUGAAAUCUGCAAAAGAGGAGAUGAAUGUGUACAAAUACACUAGGCGGAAAGAAAGAGACGACUCUGAAGAAAAAGCUGGGGCCCGCAUUGUCAACGCCAUGAGAACAGCAAAGUCCCGGUUUGAAAAUAGGGAUGCGGAGCGAGAGGCAAGGAGACAGGCCGCCUCGAGGCCAAAACCGCGUGCCAUCCAGCCCGGUGCGUGGUCUCGAUCGUAUUCCGCCCCCCAUGUCCCGGUGUUCUCGUCCCCGUCUUAUACACAGCCGGACCAGCCGUAUCUUGAGGCAGAUAAUAUCCAAUCCCCAAAGGCUUUGGGCCCGCAGUUGCCUGCUGAGCCUGUAGAGAGGAGUCGGGCCUAUUCGCAGGUUUUCCCGGCAAGACCGUCUCCUAUGUAUCGUCCUACUCUUUCUCCUGUGUACUCAAAGUCGCCAAGAUAUACAAGCCCGCUUGUUUCGAGCUCUUCGGGCGAGAGGAAGAAGGCGGAGGCGGCUGUAUCUGCAUCCACCUCUACAGACAUGCAGAAUGAUAUGGUGACGGCGAAUUCUUUUCUUGAUCCGCCCAAGUCUGCAUCAAGCACUGCUCCGCCAAUUCCUGAGAGAUCGGAAGCUAGGCUUCAGAGCGUACCAAAAGACCUAUCACCGUUAACUAGUUCGACCGUGAAACAGGAGAAGGUUCUUCAAUCCGCAAGUGAGAUUGCCACUCUAAGGCAAAAGCGCUCACCCAGCGGGCACCGACGAUCAUUGACCGCCGACGACGAAAUACCGCCACUAGAGCUCCCCCCACCAGAUGCCAACCCCACAGCUACAAGAGAAAUACCCCCUCCCGGAUCGCGCCAUUUCAAAGCAAUCCCCCCACCCCGAAACUCCCCAGCCAGCUCCCGCAUAUCACCCGACGCUCGCAGCCCCCACCACCACCACUACGCCGCGCACCACAAUAUCGACAUCUCCAAAACGCCCACCUCCUCCGCCCUCGAGUUCUGGGCCGCCGCCGACGCAUCCCUCGCCCCCUCCGAGUCGGCCUCCGCGCAGCCCGCAACCCGCCGCAAGGGCGAGCCGCCGCCAGAUAUAUGGCGCGACGCAGACCGCUCCCUGAACCUGCGCAAGGGCGGGCCUACGAUGGAGGAGUGGAUCGCGAGCCUUCCGGGCCUCGGGUUGCAUCUGGGCCCAUGGGGCGACGAUGCGGGACUGGAUGCGAGGGUGCUGGAGGACCUGAGGACGAGGAGUCCGCAGUCGUCGACGAUGCGCGGGAAUGGGGUGUUGAGGGCGGAGCUGGUCGAGAGGAUUAGGGAGAUGGAUGAGGCGGCGCCGGAGCCGGAGCUGGAGCCGGAGAUGGUUGAGGAGGAGGAGGAUGAGAUGGCGCCGGAGGUCGUUGAGGAGCUUGUUCCGGAGGAUGGGGAGAGCUCUGACGACGAUGAUGGUGGUGAGGAGGCGGAGGCGAAUGUACCGCCGGCAGUGGUGGACCCCGCGCUGCUACACCCAAAAUAUGUUCCUGGCCCGUCGCAGGGCAGGGGCAGAGGGGGAGCGCUGACAAUGGCGAAGGCGCGCAUGCCGAGGACGGCGUUCAAGGAGAUGGAUUUGGCGGGGGAUGUGACGGAGAGGCUGGAGGCGCUGGAGAGGUAUUGGGAUGAGCAGGGGAUGAUGGUGGGGUCGGUGCUGAAGCGGAUGUUGUGGAUUGUGGAUAGUAUUAUCGUGAAGGAGAGGGAGGAUGCGCAGCGGGUGGUGAGGCGGAUGGAGAUGGGGUGGGGGGAGAGUGAUGAGGAGGAGGAUGAGGAGGAGGAGGAGGAGGAGGAGGAGGAGGAGGAGGAGGAGGAGGAGGAGGAGGAGGAGGAGGGGGAAUAUGAAGAGUAUGAAGAGGAGGAAUAUGAAGAAGAGGAAGAGGAGGAGGAAGCAGAAGAAGAGGGUGAGUGA